AUGACGGCUAAUCAUAUUAGUGAUUAUAUCAUUCAGCAAAUCCUCAUACGAUCGGAUGUAAAAGACCUGAUGAGAUGCAGGGGCGUUUGUAAGUCAUGGCAUUCUUUAAUCUCGUCUCCUUAUUUUGCUGAAUCUUAUUUAAAACACAUAAAAGAUCCUGAGCAGCUUACUCAAAGGAUCACCGGGGAAGGUUCUCUUAGAGAAAAUAGGUUGUUUGUGGUUGGUUCUGCCAAUGGUCUGGUAUGCGUCUCUCCCGAAGGUUUUCAACUUUUAGUUGUCAAUCCUUGCACCAGACAGGCCAUCAAAAUACUUGAACCCCCACCCGAACCUUAUUUGGACGGAGCCCGAAGGUUGGAUCGGUUGGUUUGGGGUUUCGGUUAUGAUUCAUUCAACAAUGACUACAACAUUGUAGUAGGCAAUGUGACGGCGAUCAGUACACGUUUUUAUGUUCUUUCUUUAAGAACAUGUCUUUGGAAAUUCUUUAUAGAAUAUGAGUCUGUCUGUACUAACUGUGAUUCUGUUUCCGGCAUCUUAUGUAAUGGGAAACUUCACUGGGUUAUGAAGGAUCCUCAAAAUCAAGAGCUAGCCAUUUUUUCUUUUAAUUUAUCUCGUGAGGAAUUUAUAAGUAUUCGACUACCAGACGGCCAUUCUGUAUUUCAACGUGGUACUCGCUACACCCUGGGGGUCAUGGAAGGAUCUCUAUGCCUUUAUGUUGUUAGAUCACCGUACACCGAGAUAUGGGUAUUGAAAAGCGACACUGAACAUCAUUGGGAAAUGUUGCCGGAUGAUUAUGUGAUCAAGUACGAGGCUGUAUACCUCAUGAACGAAGACGAUUACUCUAUUCCUGAUACACCGGAAUUGUUAAACCCUGGGAAAUAUAUCGGUGCCCAUAUGUAUGUGAGGAGUCUUGUAUCCCCUUAUCAUGUUAAGCACAUGGAAUCCAGCUCGAAAUCUCUAGUUAUUCCUAUGGCAAAGAAGAAUGUUAUAGUAAGGCGAGUUCGUAGGACCUUGAUACGUCAUUGUCAUCCUCUUUUAGUAAUUACAAAUUUGCUUGGCAUCCUUGUUGCUGCUAGCUUAUUAGAUACUCCAUCAGUUAAUCAAAGGAAAUUAAUUCGCAGAAGAAUAAAGCAGUGGUAA